UCUGCGGCGGUGUGGACGUGAUGGGGGCGCGACUGUACAGGUGAGCGGGAUGCUUCGCCGAGGUGAACGCGACAGGUACACGCGUGGGGUGGGAUGUAGUGUUCAUAUAUGUGGCAUGUGAUAUGUACUGAGGGGACGUGGGGGACACUCGGAUGAGGGGUCUGUGGACAUAUUCGUGGUGCAUGUGGGUAUCGCUGAUGUCCCAAGGUGAGGAGGGAGAAUGCGGAGCGUGUGCGUGCAGGGGGCACUUAGUGUCCCUGAACGUGGCGUCUGGGGGCUGGAGCUUAUUGGGAGGCGAGGGAGGUGGCCGGGGGAGCAAGGACCUUGCGUGUGGCCAGGCCGGUAGCGCCCGGUAUGCUCCGCCCGCGGGCGCUCCCGGUGCUUCCCCGCCCCUGAGCCUGCUCCCUCCCCUUCGGUCUCGCCGCGCUCGCCGGGUGUCCCUGUGUCACCAUCACUCGGCCGCGGCCGCCAGCUUAGCGCGCACCGCCGCCUCCGCCACCGCCGACAGCACGCGUCCUCCGUGUCCCCGCUCUGCUGCCCGAGCAGGUGCCACCAUGCACGUGAAGAAGUACCUGCUGAAGUGCCUGCACCGGCUGCAGAAGGGCCCCGGCUACACGUACAAGGAGCUGCUGGUGUGGUACUGCGAUAACACCAACACCCACGGCCCCAAGCGUAUCAUCUGCGAGGGGCCCAAGAAGAAAGCCGUGUGGUUCCUGCUCACCCUGCUCUUCACUGCUCUCGUCUGCUGGCAGUGGGGCAUCUUCAUCAGGACCUACUUGAGCUGGGAGGUCAGCGUCUCCCUCUCCGUAGGCUUCAAGACCAUGGACUUCCCCGCCGUCACCAUCUGCAAUGCUAGCCCCUUCAAGUAUUCCAAAGUCAAGCAUUUGCUGAAGGACCUGGAUGAGCUGAUGGAAGCUGUCCUGGAGAGAAUCCUGGCCCCUGAGCUAAGCCAUGCCAAUGCCACCAGGACCCUGAACUCUUCCAUCUGGAACCACACACCCCUGGUCCUUAUUGAUGAACGGAACCCCCACCACCCCAUGGUCCUCGAUCUCUUUGGAGAUAACCACAAUGGCUUAACAAACAGCUCAGCAUCAGAAAAGAUCUGUAAUGCCCAUGGGUGCAAAAUGGCCAUGAGACUAUGUAGCCUCAACGGGACCCAGUGCACCUUCCGGAACUUCACCAGCGCUACCCAGGCAGUGACAGAGUGGUACAGCCUGCAGGCCACCAACAUCUUUGCGCAGGUGCCGCAGCAGGAGCUGGUGGAGAUGAGCUACCCUGGCGAGCAAAUGAUCCUGGCCUGCCUGUUUGGAGCUGAGCCCUGCAACUACCGGAACUUCACGUCCAUCUUCUACCCUCACUAUGGCAACUGUUACAUCUUCAACUGGGGCAUGACAGAGAAGGCACUUCCUUCGGCCAACCCUGGACCUGAAUUUGGCCUGAAGUUGAUCCUGGACAUAGGCCAGGAAGACUACGUCCCCUUCCUCGCGUCCACGGCUGGGGUCAGGCUGAUGCUUCACGAGCAGAGGUCAUACCCCUUCAUCAGAGACGAGGGAAUCUAUGCCAUGUCGGGGACAGAGACGUCCAUCGGGGUACUCGUGGACAAGCUUCAGCGCAUGGGGGAGCCCUACAGCCCGUGCACCGUGAAUGGCUCCGAGGUCCCCGUCCAAAACUUCUACAGUGACUACAACACGACCUACUCCAUCCAGGCCUGUCUUCGCUCCUGCUUCCAAGACCACAUGAUCCGUAGCUGCAAGUGUGGGCACUACCUCUACCCACUGCCCCGUGGGGAGAAAUACUGCAACAACCGGGACUUCCCAGACUGGGCCCAUUGCUACUCAGAUCUGCAGAUGAGCGUGGCGCAGAGAGAGACCUGCAUUGGCAUGUGCAAGGAAUCCUGCAAUGACACCCAGUACAAGAUGACUAUCUCCAUGGCUGACUGGCCUUCUGAGGCCUCUGAGGACUGGAUUUUCCACGUCUUGUCUCAGGAGCGGGACCAAAGCACCAAUAUCACCCUGAGCAGGCGGAAGACAAAGCUUGGAACCCUGGAGACACGAGAUAGCACAGCCUUUCUGAGGACCACCACGUGGGAGGGGAAGCCCACACAGCCACCCCUUUCUGUCCCAGGAAGGGAAUUGUCAAGCUCAACAUCUACUUCCAAGAAUUUAACUAUCGCACCAUUGAAGAAUCAGCAGCCAAUAACCUCGUCUGGCUGCUCUCGAAUCUGGGUGGCCAGUUUGGCUUCUGGAUGGGGGGCUCUGUGCUGUGCCUCAUCGAGUUUGGGGAGAUCAUCAUCGACUUUGUGUGGAUCACCAUCAUCAAGCUGGUGGCCUUGGCCAAGAGCCUCCGGCAGCGGCGAGCCCAAGCCAGCUACUCCGGCCCACCGCCCACGGUGGCUGAGCUGGUGGAGGCCCACACCAACUUCGGCUACCAGCCUGACACGGCCCCCCGCAGCCCCAACACCGGGCCCUACCCCAGUGAGCAGGCCCUGCCCAUCCCGGGCACCCCGCCCCCCAACUAUGACUCCCUGCGUCUGCAGCCACUGGACGUCAUCGAGUCUGACAGUGAGGGUGAUGCCAUCUAACCCUGCCCCUGCCCACCCCAGUGGCUUGAACUCACUGAGCAGCCGAGACUGUUGCCCGAGGCCUCACUCUAUGGUGCCCUCUCCAAAGGGUGGAGAGGGUAGCUCUCCAGGCCAGAGCUUGUGUCCUUCAACAAAGAGGCCAGCAGCAACUGGCCCGUUCCUGGCCAAGGGCUCCGUAGGAUCACGGUGCUGGUGCAGGAUGCAGGAAUUAGUUGUAUCUUCACCUGGUUCCUACCCUUGUCCCUACCUGGCCUGAUCCUGGUCCCGGCCAGGCCCUGGAGACCCCUCAGAACACCUUCUCCUGGUGGCAGACCACUUCCCUCCCAGUGCCAGUCUCCGUCCACCCCAGAGAGGAACAGGCAGGCGGGCCAUAUGGUCUUCUCCUUCCGGGCCUUGGCUGGCCUCUGGGGCAGGGGUGGUGGAGAGAUGGAAGGGCAUCAGGUGUGGGGACCCUGCCAGGUGGCACCUAAUUUACUCUAGAAAAUAAACGCAGAAAACACUGAG